UGUCUCAACCAACUGGCAGUGCAAGUGGAGGUCUUAGCCUUAAGUAUACUCAUAGCGUGUUCUUCUCUUUGUUUGUUACAAUUACAAAACCUUUCCCCUUUGAUCCUUUCUAAAGUUUCCUCAAAAUGUUUAUUGAGAACUUUAAGGUUGAGAGCCCCAACGUUAAGUACACCGAAAGUGAGAUUCACUCUGUCUAUGAUUAUCAAACCACUGAGUUAGUUCAUGAGGAGAAAAAUGGGACUUACCAAUGGACUGUCAAGCCUAAGACUGUCAAAUAUGAGUUCAAGACUGAUGUUCAUGUUCCCAAAUUAGGGGUUAUGCUUGUUGGAUGGGGUGGAAACAAUGGUUCAACCUUGACCGGUGGUGUUAUUGCUAACAGAGAAGGAAUUUCAUGGGCCACCAAAGAUAAGGUGCAACAAGCCAAUUACUUUGGCUCUCUUACUCAGGCUUCUACUAUUCGAGUUGGGUCUUUCAAUGGAGAAGAGAUCUAUGCUCCAUUUAAAAGCCUCCUUCCAAUGGUCAAUCCAGAUGACGUAGUGUUUGGAGGAUGGGACAUCAGCGACAUGAAUUUGGCAGAUGCCAUGGCAAGGGCUAAGGUAUUUGAUAUUGAUCUACAAAAGCAGUUGAGGCCCUACAUGGAAUCUAUGGUCCCACUACCUGGUAUCUAUGAUCCUGAUUUCAUUGCUGCUAACCAAGGGUCACGUGCCAACAACGUGAUCAAAGGAACCAAGAAAGAACAAAUUGAUCAAAUCAUUAAGGAUAUUAGGGAGUUUAAGGAGAAGAACAAAGUGGACAAGGUGGUAGUCUUGUGGACUGCUAACACUGAAAGAUACAGUAAUGUGGUUGUUGGACUUAAUGAUACUAUGGAAAAUCUCUUUGCUUCUGUGGACAGAAAUGAAGCUGAAAUAUCUCCUUCCACUUUGUAUGCUAUUGCCUGCAUUCUUGAAAAUGUGCCUUUUAUUAAUGGAAGCCCACAGAACACCUUUGUGCCAGGCCUCAUUGAUUUGGCCAUCAAGAGGAACACACUGAUUGGUGGUGAUGACUUUAAGAGUGGUCAAACCAAAAUGAAGUCAGUGCUGGUUGAUUUCCUUGUUGGAGCUGGUAUUAAGCCAACAUCAAUUGUGAGCUACAACCAUUUGGGUAACAAUGAUGGAAUGAAUCUGUCUGCCCCUCAAACUUUCCGCUCAAAGGAGAUCUCGAAAAGUAAUGUUGUUGAUGACAUGGUUUCAAGCAAUGCCAUUCUUUAUGAGCCUGGAGAGCACCCUGACCAUGUUGUUGUGAUUAAGUAUGUGCCAUAUGUGGGAGACAGCAAAAGGGCAAUGGAUGAGUACACAUCUGAGAUUUUCAUGGGAGGAAAGAACACCAUUGUUUUGCACAAUACUUGUGAGGAUUCUCUUUUGGCUGCUCCAAUUAUCUUGGAUUUGGUCCUUCUUGCUGAACUCAGUACCCGCAUUCAGCUCAAAGCUGAAGGAGAGGGUAAGUUCCACUCCUUCCACCCCGUGGCUACUAUCCUCAGCUACCUUACCAAGGCUCCUCUGGUACCACCAGGUACACCAGUGGUGAAUGCACUCUCAAAGCAGAGGGCAAUGCUUGAGAACAUAUUGAGGGCUUGUGUUGGACUUGCACCAGAGAACAACAUGAUUCUGGAAUACAAAUGAAGAUCGGAAAGGACUCAAGAAGCUGUACGGCAGAAGAACCAUAAUUGUCUUACUCAAGAAGCUGUGCAGCAGAUGAACCAUAAUUGUCUUUCUUUUCUUUAGUAUUUGUAAUCUUUAUCUUUCAUUAGUACUAUGAUAUUAGCUAAAUGUUGGCAGCCCUUCGAGGUAUAGCUGUUUUUUAAUGGCAGGCCAAGUUGAAUGUCAUCAUAAUUUCUUUGUUGUCUUUGUAUGUUGGCCUUCUAUUUACAAUGUUGUAUCCGUGUUGCUCUUGCUCAUUUAGAGAUAGCAACGCUUUUCUCAAUUGGAAAUACAAUGUGUAGUCCUUUA